CAAACUGCAGAUACACUGAGGACAGCACACAGGGUUAUCACAGAAGACCACCUGGACAUGGAUCACCUGUUUGUGCUGCUGCUGCUGUGCAGCUCUGGACUCCAGGCUGAAGGAGAACUAACAGAGUCUGUGAGGUUGGUGGGAGGAAACAGUCGCUGUGCAGGAACACUGGAGGUGAAACAUCUGGGAGAAUGGAGACCAGUGGAGGGUCACAGUGCCUGGACCCUGAAAACAGUAGAUUUUGUUUGCAGAAAGUUGGCCUGUGGCUCUGCUGUUUCUGUAGGAGAGAGAGAAGAGUCCUCACGCAGAUCUGUGUGGAGGAUCCCAUAUGAAUGUGUUCCGAAUGCAUCUGAUCUGGGGAAGUGUGCAUCAUCAAUUUCCCAUUCCACCCUCCUGACUCUCAACUGCUCAGACUCUGUCAGGCUGGUGAAUGGGACCAGUCUGUGCUCAGGCAGACUGGAGGUGAAGACUAACCCGUCUACCCAGCGCUGGUCCACAGUGUGUGAAGCUGACUUUGACCAGCAGGAUGCAGAGGUGGUCUGUAGGGAGCUUGGCUGUGGGCCUCCUUCAGUCCUCCAGGGGGCACUCUAUGGAGAAGUGGAGGCUCCAAUGAGGACCAAAGAGUUCCAGUGUGGAGGCACUGAGUCUGCUCUCCUGGAGUGUGGAAGCUCAGGCUCAGAUAGAAACACCUGCUCACCUGGAAAAGCUGUUGGACUCACCUGCCCAGAGCCUGUCAGGUUGGUGGGAGGAGCCAGUCGCUGUACAGGAACACUGGAGCUGAAAUAUAAGGGAGAAUGGAGACCAGUGAAUGACUAUUAUUCUGUCCUGACCCUGAAGGAAGCAGCUGCUGCCUGCAGAGAGUUGGACUGUGGCUCUGCUCUUUCUGUAGGAAAGAGAGAGUCCUCACGCAGACCUGUGUGGUUAGUCUUGUCAAGCUGUGUUCAUUCUGGAUCUGCUCAGAGGGGGUGUGCAACAUCAUUUUACUCUUCCUUCAUACAGGAUCUCAUCUGCUCAGACCUGCUGCUUCAGCCCGACAUCUCUGUGUCCUCCUCCAUAGUCUGGGUCUCCGAGGAGGCCCAGCAGCAGGGAUUCCAGGUGUUCUGGCACUCAAACUUCACCAUUAGCUGCUCCAUCCAGCCACAGUACCCAGGAGGCUCCUUCCAGCUCACCUUCACCUCCUCCAACUCAACACACAACUACACCCAGCCAGCUGUCAAUCACUCUGCCCACUUCCUGUUUCUUGCUGCAAAGCCCACCCACCAAGGAAGCUACAGCUGUGUUUAUCACCUCUAUGUUUUCUCUCAUAAUUUCUUCUCUGAGAGCCGUCUGCUCUCUCUCAGCGUCAUAGAUCCAUCAGAUUCAACACCUUUUAUCAUCAGAGUGGUCGUCCUGCUGCUGACUCUGCUGUUGGUGAACAUUGCCCUUUACUUCUACUACAAGGACAGCAGGGGGCAGAAGCCGGAAAGACAGGAGGACAUGGAGCUGGACUAUUAUAACCUGGGUGUCCCUGCAGCCGAAGGAGGGCCGACGGAAGAGGAAGCAGCUCGGGGAGCAGAGUAGCACCUCGACUCAAACUUGAUGUCUCACAUAGCCAGACAUUACUCCACAGUGCAGAGGAACAGAUAACGUUAGUUUGACAGGGUUUGACAGACACCCUAUCUCGGUUUAAAAUCACUCACCGUUUGUCGGCUACAGCCGCUGAACAGGCUACAUGGUUGUUUUGCCAAAGUUAAAUUGCAUGUUUCCAUUAUGAGGAAGCCUUUUAAAAUGAUAUCA